CGAGGGUGGUCAGUGCACCAUCAGCCCAGACUCCAUUUUGGUUUCUGACGUGGACACCCCACUGGACAGCAUCAGCCUCUCUCUUCAGGAGAUGCCCCUCCAUGGCAGGGUAGAGCUGGAUGGAUUUCCUCUAAACCCAAGAGGCACAUUUUCAUGGAGAGACCUCCAUACCUUAAAAGUUAGGUAUCACCAUGACGGAUCUGAGGUUUUUCAAGAUGAGAUCUUCUUGGAGGUCACAGAUGGCACAAAUUCAGCAGAAUUUGUUCUACACAUCGAGGUAUUCCCUGUGAAUGAUGAGCCACCUGUUCUGAAGGCUGACCUGAUCCCCAUGAUGCAUUGCUCAGAGGGUGGAGAGGUGACCAUCACCCCUGAAUACAUUUUUGCUACUGAUGCAGACAGUGAUGACUUAAAACUGCUGUUUCUGAUCACCCGAGAGCCGCAGCAUGGGGUGGUGAGAAAGGCUGGAAACCAUGUGGACAGGUUCUCUCAGGGAGAUGUCAUCUCAGGAGCUGUGACAUACAAACACACAGGUGGUGAGGUUGGCCCAGCGCCUUGUUUUGACACCGUUAUAUUGGUGGUUUCGGAUGAUGAAGCCGGCCCUUCGGUGAAUGGCUGUUGCUACAAUGGACCUGAUCCAUCUGUUCCUCUUCAUGAGUCCUUUCCCAUGUAUGAGCUCAACAUCACAGUGCAUCCAGUUGACAACCAGCCACCUUCAGUUAUAAUAGGUAGGACGUUCGUGGUGGAUGAAGGCUUCCAGGCAGCCCUUACCACUCAUCAUUUGACUGCCACUGACCCAGACACCGCCCCGGAUGACUUAGAAUUUGUUUUGGUUUCUCCUCCCCAGUUCGGCUAUCUUGAAAACACACUCCCUUCUGCAGGUUUUGAGAAAAGUAACAGGGGCAUAAGCAUAGCUUCGUUCCAGUGGAGAGACAUGAAGGCUUUGCACAUUAACUACGUGCAGUCCAGGCACCUGAGGGUGGAACCAACUGCCGACCAGUUCAUGGUGUAUGCCACAGAUGGGAAGCGACGCUCCUUAGAGACGACAUUUCAUGUUAACAUCAACCCCACAAAUGAUGAAGCUCCCGACUUUGUGGUACAGAAUAUCACUGUGUGUGAGGGUCAGAUGGUAGAGCUGGAUUCUUCCGUCAUCACUGCUGCUGACAGAGAUGUUCCCAAGGACCCCCUGCUCUUCAGCAUCACUCACAAGCCCCAGCAUGGCCUUCUCAUCAAUGUGGCGAUCAGCAAAGAGUCUCCUCAGAUCAAGCAGCUGAAACAUGAAGUUUACAACUUCUCCAUGGACCUUCUCAAGAGUGGAAUGAAACUGGCCUACGUCCAUGACGACUCGGAGAGCCUUGCUGAUAACUUUGUGAUCCAGUUGUCCGAUGGGAAACAUAAAAUACUUAAAACCAUUUCAGUGAAUAUCACCCCAGUGAAUGAUGAGAAACCAACGCUGAGCAAGAAGGCUGAAAUCUCAAUGGCCGUAGGCGAAACUCGUGUUCUGUCUAGUGCUGUUCUUUCAGCCAUAGAUAAAGACUCACCCAGGGAGACGAUCCACUAUUUAUUUGAAAGACUUCCCCAAAAUGGGCAACUUCAGCUUAAGAUAGGAAGGGACUGGGUCCCUCUCUCGGCUGGCAUGCAGUGCACCCAGGAGGAUGUGGACCUGAACUUGCUGAGAUACACACACACUGCCAAGAUGGAGUCCCAGGAUGGAGACAGUUUUACCUUCUACCUCUGGGACGGGGACAACAGAUCACCCGCGUUUGACUGUCACAUCAUCAUUGAAGACACUGGGAAAGGUGAUAUUGUCAUUUAUGCAAAACCGCUCGUGGUGGCCCAAGGUGACAGAGGUUUCCUGACGACUGCCACUCUCCUGGCUGUGGAUGGAGCAGACAAGCCUGAGGAACUACUCUACCUCAUCACUUCCCCACCACAGUACGGCCAGGUGGAGUACGUCCAGUAUCCCGGAGUCCCCAUUACCAGCUUUAGCCAAAUGGACAUAACAGGACAGACAGUCUGCUAUGUACACAAGAGCAGGGCAGCGGUCCCCAGGGACAGCUUCAGAUUUACCAUUAGCAAUGGACUGCAGACCCAGCUUGGGGUGUUUGAGAUCACACUGGAGACUGUGGACAGAGCCUUGCCUGUGGUGACCAGGAACAAAGGGCUGAAGCUGGCCGAAGGGGCGGAGGGCUUCCUGUCCGCUGAUCACCUUCAGCUGACCGACCCUGACACACCUCCAGAGAACCUAACCUUCCUUCUGGCCCAGCUCCCACGCCAUGGGUACCUCUACCUGAGGGGAAAAGUGCUUCACCAUAAUUUUACCCAGCAAGAUGUGGACAGCAGGGGUGUGGCCUAUCAGCACUCCGGAGGCGGCUCCCGGGCGGACUGCUUUACUUUCCUGGCCACAGACAGGAAGAACCAAGGCUUUGUUGUGAAUGGGAAAGUUCAGAAAGAGCCUGUUCUCUUCACUAUCCAGGUGGACCAGUUGGACAAAGCGGCACCCCGGAUCACACGCUUGCACUCCCCUUCUCAAGUGGGGCUCUUGAAAAAUGGCUGUUACGGGAUUUACAUCACUUCCCAUGUGCUGAAGGCAUCGGACCCUGACACAGAGGAUGACCAGAUCAUCUUUAAGAUUUUACGAGGCCCAUUGCAUGGACAUCUGGAGAAUACAACCACAGGUGAAUUUAUCCAUGAGCAAUUUAGCCAGAAGGACUUAAGCAGGAAGACCAUUCUUUACGUCAUAAACCCAUCUUUGCAAGUGAAUUCCGAUAUCCUGGAAUUUCAGAUCAUGGACCCCGCAGGGAACACUGCCACUCCUCAAAGCUUGGAGCUGAAGUGGUCUUAUAUUGAAUGGUUCCAGACUGAAUAUGAGGUCUGUGAGAAUGUGGGCUUAUUGCCCUUGGAAGUUACCAGAAGGGGAUAUUCCAUGGACUCAGCCUUUGUGGGCAUAGAGGUCAACCAAGUGUCAGCUGUAGUUGGGAAAGAUUUUACAGUCACGCCAUCCAAUCUGAUCCAGUUUGACCCAGGAAUGUCAACUAAGAUGUGGAAUAUAGCAAUUACCUAUGACGGAUUAGAGGAAGAUGAUGAGGUCUUUGAAGUAAUUCUGAAGUCCCCUGUGAAUGCGGUUCUUGGCACAAAGACAAAAGCUGCAGUGAAAAUUUUGGACUCAAAAGGAGGACGGUGCCAUCCUUCAAAUUCCUUCAACCGAAGCAAGCACAGCACAUGGGGGAAGGGCAUUUGGCGUCUGCCGCCCCCAGGGUCAUCCUCACUCACCACUGCUGGUUCUCCUCAUCUGGAAAGAGGGCCUCCUCCAUCUUCCACCAAAGGAGAUGCCCUUGGGGGCUUUGAUCACACAGACCUCUCUCAAAGGAAGAUGAGGACCCGUGGGAAUGGCCAAUCAGUUCAUCCAUCUUCUGUUUGUAGAAAUGGAACAGACACCAUCUACAAUUAUCACGGCAUAGUCUCCUUGAAACUAGACAGUGACAGUGCCUCAGCUCACCAACAGAAGGCCAGAAUGUCUGUCAUUAGUAGGCCACAGAAGACAAUCAAGGAGGCAGAACUACCUCCGGCCGAUAAGGUGGAAUCCACAACUGACUCACACUUCCCCAGACAGGGUCAGCGGCCCUUGUUUCCAAAGAACUGUUCUGUGGAAUUGAAGGGACUGUUUCAUUUUGAAGAAAGCAUCCACAGAUUGUAUCUAUGUGAUGGGAUUGCCUGGAAAGCCUGGAGCCCCCAAACCAAGGGGCUGGAGGACAAGUCCUGCCCAGCUGGAUGGCAUCUGCACUCAGGCUACUGUCACACCCUGGUCACACAGCGGAAAGGCACCUGGACCUCAGCGACCCAGGCUUGCAGAGAACAGCACCAGGGCAACCUUGUGACCGUACUCUCCAGGAGGCACAUGCAGUGGCUAUGGGAAAUCAGUGGAAGAAAGCCCUUCUGGAUAGGCUUGAAGAAUCAAGCACACACUGGCCGCUGGGAGUGGAUUGGAGGUGAACCUGUUGCUUUCACCAACUGGAGGAGAGGGACCCCUCAGCACCCAAAGCCUGGGAAGAACUGUGUUUUGGUUCACAAAAGAGGACAAUGGCAGUCAAAGAACUGUAGUAAAGGCAAGACUCACAAUUUUGUGUGCUCAAGGAAACUCCGAAUAUAACCUGAGACUUCUCACCUAUCUAUUUCCAAGACCUACGUAUAUUGCUCAGUAGAAAUGCAUUGUUGUGGCUGGCUGGGCAUGUCUUUGUGAGUCUAUCAAGUAAACAUGGAAGCUAGAUCAACAGUCCUAGGGAAGUGGAUGCAUGAAUGUGUCUUUCAAGAUGAGAUACAAUUUCCGUAUCUCAAUAUUUUUCUAAAUAAACACCUGCAGUAUUAUAGGCUGUAAUAUUUGUUUCUUCUAGAUGAUUCAUAUUCUUUCCUAUGCCAACUCUGAUGCAGUAUAUGUUUCCAUGGACCUUAGAUAUUUGUGUUCCUAGACCUCAAAUGAGUCCAUCUAGAAAGAGCAGUAUUACAGGUGCUCCUACCACAGAGUCUGAGUGAAACUAGCCCUUCAGAUCCAUGAAACCAAGAUUGAAUGCCAAGGGUUGGUUUGUAUCCUUAGGCUCUUUAGUGUGAAACUUAAAAUUAGAGGCUGUGGGUACACAAAGGGGCUCUCUUUUGAAUAGAAGAGUCUUUCAUGAGAAUGCUCAACUGCACAGAUCUAGUGAGGUAGAGGCAGGGUUCUACCUCUACUGAAGAGAUCAAACCAUACAAUUUAUGAGCCAUGUUCUGUUCCAAUGCAAUCAUGGCAUUAUGCCAUUCCUUGGCUAAAUAUCCCUGCCUUCCAAGGCCAUGUGAAUUUUGAAGUAGCAAUAUCUCCUUCUCCAUUUACUAUGCUGACUAAUAUUUUUAAAGGACCUUUGGAAUAAGGAGCAAAUAUGCAUACUGGUUGACAUACAGAAGAAAAAUACCACUGUCUCAGAAGCAUCCCCAUGAACUGUACUGAUGAACAAUGGAAAACAAUACUGGAAACAGAACCUUUGAAAGUCCACAGUCUUGGAAAGGGUUUUGAUGUGACUUCCAGCCUUUAAAUCUGUAAUAUUUGCAGAGAUACUCUGCUAACUAGAUUCUCUAAUAGAAGGUACCUUAUUAAUUUAUAAACUCAGUUGAGUGAAAUGUUUUUGUAGCAAUGAAGCAUGCUGUGCCUCUCUCAACAAUCCCUUCUGGAACCCCAGGUUAAUUAUAGGAAGUCAGAAUGUCCUUUUUGAAAUGUUUAUUAAAAUUUCUCUUUUCAUGAUCACUGAAAAAUACGGCUGUGCCAAAUAUAACUUGUCAUAUGAGCACCAGUGUAACUUUAGAAUUAAAUGAGGUGUUCAUGUAGACUAGAGCUUUAGGGCAGACUUUUUAAAUAGAAUAAUAAUAUCUCGAGUGUUAUAGACACUAAAAAUGGCUUAAGAAAGUCUUUCCAGUUUCUGGAUAUAAAACAUGACAGACUCGCUUCGUUUCUGCUCAUUUAUCAAAGUUUCAGUUCAUAGAAAAAUUUACCUAAAGAGGUUAGGACAAGACUCAGACAUUCUGUCUCUUACUGAAAUCCAGAUGUAAUUGCAGAGUUGGGCGCUCUUACCUCGGAGGGCUGGAGCCCUCUGUAGACAGUAAAAUGCAAAGAUAUGUGCAACAUAAGGAUCCUUUAGCAUUUAACCAAAAUAGGCAAACCCUUCCUCCGCUCUGGCUCCAGCCAAGUUCCUUGUGAUCCACUAGCUUUUGUAUUAUGCAAAGGUGGGACCCUCGGUGAAGGGAAGAGGAUGGAUCUCACAGUUCAGAGGGUGAGAAAUUCAUUCUAAAACUGUGUAUGGUCUGUUGUUUUUUAAAAAAAAAUUAGAAAUAGACCAUUUUGAAAUUUUCCUGAUCAUGAAAGCUUUAUCAAAUUGAGAAAGCAGGUCUAAAUGAUUGAAAGAACAUACAAGUCAGACAAACCUUAGAUUCUGGCCAUGACAUGACCGUCAGGGUUGAGUUGGAAUGUCUGGAGAUGAGAGCAGCCAGGAAGGACAUAGGAGGUGCAAUCUGACUGUCCCCAGCCUUUUUUCUCUAACUUGAAUGCUCACCCAGGAACUCCCCACAUGCAAGGACAUAUGUGCAGCUCAAUGCUAUAUAACUUUUCAAAAUUUUCUAAAGUUUGGUCUUUAAAGAACACAUACUGUAUAUUUACUAAAGAGAAAUCUUAAAAGCCACAGUUAAUCAUUUCCUCUCCUUCCCUGCAGUGGUAAAAGCAAACUGGGUAACAUUUAUUUGUAUUUCUAUUUUUAAAACAACCCAAAUAUGUAUGCAUUUUAAUAAACACUAUGGUUCUGUGUAAUUUAAACCAUCAACUGGUGCUGACUAAUUUCUGUAAUGAGGUAGCAUAUUGAAUCUACUGUAUCUAGUGUUGUGUCAAAAUUAAUAAAAUAAACAUCUCCUU